AUGUCCACAUCGACCAACAAAGCGAGUCCUGAACCUCAGGUACUGGGCAGCAUCCCAGUACAGUCCAUUGUUGCUGGGUCCCUGCAAGAGCCGACUGUGCAGCAGCUAUUCUCGCUCAAAGGCCGGACAGCAGUCGUGACCGGCGGCGCUCGUGGCCUUGGAAUGACCCUAGCGUCAGCAUUGCUGGAAGCUGGCGCACACGUUUAUCUCAUCGACGUGCUCCCGGUCGACGUCACCAAGAUUGAAGAAGUUCAUACUGCUUUCCAAACCAUCGCCGCAGAAGCUCCCGCCCCUAUCCGCUCAGUGAUCGCUGCGGCAGGCAUCCAACAAGAAUGUGAAGCGAUCGAUUAUAAACAGGACGACUUCCGACGAAUUAUGGAUGUGAACGUGCUCGGCGUCUUCAACACCGCACAAGCGGCUGCGAGGGUUAUGUUCGCGCACGGAGAAGGAGGCAGUAUCACAGCCAUUGGCAGUAUGAGCGGUACCGUGGCCAAUCGGGAUCUCAUUUGUGCCGCAUAG